ACACUAUAGUCCACCCCGAAUCUCUGUUUUAUGACACAGAUAAAUAUAAUGAUUUUUUCCCUUCUUGAGCGAAAUAUGCUCUGUGGAUAUCCAAUUGUUUUGGAAAGCUGUCUAGAAAGCAUGUGGGAGUCUAUUAUGGGUCAUGUCAUCUCCAACAAGCGGCAGAUGGGAAGGAAAGGAGUGGCGAGCUUCUCACGCAAGUUGGGUUUGAGGUGAAGGGGGAGGUGCAGGUGGGAGUCACCGGUUUUUGCUGAUCUAACAACAGUCAAACUUCCUCUUCAAAUGGCGGUUACACUCUUUGAGCAAAUACAGCAGAUUGCAGACUGGUCUUUGAGCCCUCCGGUACUAAAUAUGUAGUUAUUCCUAUGUGUGCAAACAUGGGAUUCCUGCUUUAAUUUUGAAGUUGAAAGGCUUCAGUUUCUUAACCACAAGGACUCCUUUUGGCAUCUGUCUUAUGGACUAUAAAGUUCACCGAUGUGUAAAAACACUAGCAUGUUAAUAUGAAGUUUAUACUAACUGUUGAUUUUGAAUAUUGUCUCUUCUUCUAAGAAUUUGUGUAAAAGCAUGUAUGAGGUUAUUUAAUUGGGUGUUGUGUAACAGCUGGCUGCACAAAGCCCUUUUUUCACUCAGGAAAUGUUUUCAUCAAGACUACUGUAAAGCAACAGAGAAAGAUUUGCACUAUUAGCAUCUGCAAACCACAAUGCAGACAACUCCUGUUCCUCCCUCUCCCUCUUGUUCUUCCUUUCACUCUCUUUUUUUUUUUUUUUGUAGUCACACACGAGAGAGUCUAAAAUACAACCCCCUUUCCUGGAGGAGGAGUUCUCCCUUCCUUUACUUUCAGUGCUUGUGUCUGGUCUUUGGCAGACCCAGUUAUGCUGAAGGAGGGCUGGCUGUGGGGGCUGGCUUCAGGGCUGCUGCUACUCUGGCUGAGGCCUGCACAGGGUGGCCGGGUGCUGGUCAUGCCUGUUGAAGGCAGCCACUGGCUCAGCAUGAAUGUGUUGGUGACCAAACUAGCCCAGAGAGGCCAUGACAUCCUGGUCCUGGUGCCUGAGAUCAACCUCUUGAUCCAGAGUUCCGAACUCUUCCGCACAGAGACCUUCCCGGUGCAGAUCUCUAAGGAGGAGCUGUCCACCAGCUUGAGGGGAUUUCAGCAGGAGGUGUUCAAACGUAGCCCUGCACUGUUUGACAUCUUUCUCCAAGUGGAAAUGCUGCUGAACUUCACGGGGACGCAGGUGCGUGGAUGUGAGUCGCUCCUUUAUAACGAACAUUUGAUGGAGAAACUGAAGCAGGAGAACUUUGAAUUGGUGCUCACCGACCCGUUCCUGCCAUGUGGGCCUAUUAUCGCUUCUGCUCUUGGUAUCCCUGCCAUCUACUUCCUGCGCAGCUUGCCUUGCGGCAUAGACAUGUUGGCUUCGCAGUGUCCCUCUCCACCAUCCUAUGUACCUCGGUUUCAUUCCGGAAGCACUGACAGAAUGACCUUUGUGGAGCGCAUCCAGAAUUUUAUCAUGAGUGCCAUAGAGCUGGCGCUUUGUAGAAUAAUGUACGCCAGUUUUGACGAACUUGCCUCUAGAUACCUGGAUGCGGAUGUGACCUACCAGGAGCUCAUCGGCCAUGGCGCUAUCUGGUUGUUUAGAUAUGAUUUCACAUUUGAAUACCCCAGGCCUAUCAUGCCAAACAUGGUCUUCAUCGGAGGCAUCAACUGUGUGAAGAGCUCAGAACUUAGUGCAGAUGUAGAGGACUUUUUGGAGGGCUCGGGAGAGCAUGGCAUUGUGGUGUUCAGUCUGGGUUCUAUGGUUUCCUCCAUGCCUAAAGAGAAAGCCGCCAUCUUCUUCAAGGCCUUCAGUAUGAUCCCGCAGAGGGUUCUGUGGCGGUAUACGGGUGAGAUGCCUGAUAAUAUCCCUGCAAAUGUCAAACUGAUGAAGUGGCUUCCACAGAAUGACUUGCUCGGUCACCCCAAGGCAAGAGCAUUCAUCGCUCAUGGUGGAACGCAUGGAAUCUAUGAGGGCAUCUGUCAUGGUGUUCCCAUGGUGAUGCUUCCGCUCUUUGGCGACCAAGUUGACAACGUGCACCGUAUGGCGUCUCGAGGGGUGGGAGUGGUCCUCAGCAUCCAUGACAUCACGGCAGAAGAACUGGUCAACGCUCUCAACACGGUUAUUAACAACAGCAGCUAUAAAGAAAGAAUGGAGAAGCUUUCAGCUAUACACAACGACCGUCCCAUGCAGCCCCUGGACCUUGCAGUCUAUUGGACAGAGUUCGUUAUGAGACACAAGGGAGCGGACCACCUGAGACCUGCUGCCCAUGACCUAAACUGGUUUCAGUACCACAGUCUGGAUGUGAUUGGCUUUCUGCUUUGUGUGGUGCUGAUUGUAACUCUAGCAAUGUUGAAAUGCUGUGCACUGUGCUGGAGAAGGUGCUCCCGAAAAUCGCAGAAGAGUAAGGCAGACUGACCGCAUAGAGGGAAGUUAGCAUAGCUUACAGAAGUUUCGAAGUCUCAACAUUUAUUAUCUUUGUCUACCAUGUCUUCAUUUCAGAUGUACAAUUCCAAAGUCAUAAUAAUUCAGAAACAUGUGCAAGUACGAUUUAGUGCCUUGUUGAAUUGCAUUCUCAAUGUUGCCACAGGGGGCGCUAUAGCGGACAUUAGUGUAAACUGGUUCACUUUUACAAUGAGCUUUCUUUUUUAAAUCAACAACUGUCAUGGUGGAGCAACAAUUAAACAAUACAUUUCAAUUAUUAUUAUUUUUUUUUUUUACUAAGGACAUCUAUCGCUCUUUAGUGCUUAGGUUUGUUACUGCUACAGUACAAAUGCUAAGCAUGUUCACAUUGACAAUACAUGGGGUUAGCGCUUACAAUUUGUUUCCCCUUAAAGCUGCACUUUUGUGGACCGGGAUCACAUUUCACUAUUGAGGAGCAGUUUCACUGAACACACCAGUAAAGAAACUGUACCUUUAAGAUAUUUGCUUUGCAUGCUUUUAGUCUGACAUUAUCAAUUAACAAGUUAAUUAUAAUAGUAGUCGGUAGCAUGUACAUUUCAUACCAAGCAACCUACAGUACACUAAUAGUCCUUAUUCAUGCUAGCGCCAUCAUUGAUUUUGAAUGGGAAUGACAUUGAGGCUGUGAUGGAUAGACUUCAAUGGCACGAAUGGUAUAAAGCUGUAUAAUCUGAUUUUCUACAACUCAUGAUGUCUGGAGUUCUUCGUAUAUUGAAUCUUCUUGGACAGAUUAAUGUUUUGUCCGUGGAAUGAUCUAAAAACACUUUAAAUUGCAGUACAGCCCGUUGAAGAGACUGUAAAUAUAUCCCUCACAGCCUCAUUGUCAUUCCCAUUAAAAACCAAAGUUGUCGCUAGAGUGAAUAAGGUCACAGUGUAAAAGGAAUAUUCCGGGUUCAAGUUAAGCUCAAUCAACAGCAUUUGUGGCUUAAUUCUGAUUACCUCAAAUUAAUUUAGAUUCUUUGCUCUUAUUAAAAAAAAAAAUAAAUAAAUAAAAAAAA